CAUAACGUCAUUUCACUUUUCUCUUUUAUUCUUCGCCCCCUCAUCACCGUGCCUCUCUAGACGAGACAGCCCCCGUGCUCUGUUACACCUCCGGCCAUAUUCUCCUAAGAAUGAUUAUUCGGAACUUUCUCUCUGUUUUUCUCCCCGCGAGGCAUUUUUACGGGGCCUCAACUUUUCUGGCGUGUCAUCAUUUCUGGAGUUAACGCGGCGGAGUCAUCCGAGGCGACCGGAGCCCGCUCCUCGCUAGAUUCUUAAAAAAAACUCAGAGUUACAGCCCAGGAAAUGCAGCGUUUUCUCUAACCCGGAGGUAGCAUGCCGAAGUGAACGAGCGGGGGAAGAGCAUGUAGAAAUCCGCACUAAUAAAAAUACAUGAAGACGCGAUGGAAAUGAAGGUGUUCAGCCCAGGGAUAUUUAUGUUAACAGGGAUCCUGGUCUGACUCGGCUCCGCCUCAUCAAAAAUGAUGUUUUCUCCCCUCUCCCUCUCUCAGGAUGAGUUCCAUCCGUUUAUUGAGGCUCUGCUGCCCCAGGUCCGUGCCUUCGCCUACACAUGGUUCAACCUCCAGGCCAGGAAAAGGAAGUACUUCAAAAAGCAUGAGAAAAGGAUGACAAAAGAAGAAGAGAGAGCUGUAAAAGAUGAACUGCUAGGGGAGAAAGCAGAGGUGAAACAGAAGUGGGCCAGUCGUCUUUUGGCCAAGCUAAGAAAGGAUAUCAGGCCUGAAUGCAGAGAAGACUUUGUCCUGUCAGUCACUGGGAAGAAAGCUGCGUGUUGUGUCCUGUCAAACCCUGACCAGAAAGGCAAAAUGAGACGCAUAGAUUGUCUUCGACAAGCUGACAAGGUGUGGAGGUUGGACCUGGUAAUGGUGAUCCUGUUUAAAGGAAUCCCAUUGGAAAGCACAGAUGGAGAGCGGCUUGUGAAGGGCGGCCAAUGCUCCAAUCCAAUCCUCUGCGUCCAGCCUCGACACAUCUCUGUCUCUGUCAAAGAGCUCGACCUUUACCUCGCUUAUUAUGUCCAAGAGAGAGAGGCAGAGCAGAGCAGCAGUCCCAGUCGCACAGGAGUGGGCUCUGAUCAGGAGGACAGCCGAACCACCACCAUGGAUGGUCCAGAGUUCCAGGAGAGUUUUGUGACAUCAGGAGUUUUCAGUGUCACUGAGCUGGUCCAGGUGUCAAGAACUCCAGUCGUCACAGGAGUCGGACCUAGUUUCUCUGUGGGGGAGCUCCAGGGUCAUCUGGCCUAUGACCUCAACCAGUCUGUAAACCAGCCUGUUAGUGUCAGACGAUCACUGGCCAGCACCUCAUCCUGCGGGAGUAAGCGUCAUAAGUCUGGCUCUAUGGAGGAGGAGGCUGACAGUCCAGGAGGGGAGUAUUACCACUCACCUUCCUCUCCUGCCAGCAGCUCCAGGAACUGGACUGAUGACAUGGAAGGAGGUCUAUCUCCUCCAGUAAAGAAGGCAGAGCUGGACAGUCCCUCCCCCCAGGAAGACUCACCAAGACUGGGUUCUUUCACUCAGCACCAUCGGCCAGUCAUAGCGGUUCACAGCGGUCUGUCUCGGAGUAUCCAACCCUCCUCAUCUCUUCAUUUCCCAUCCUCCUCCUACUUUCCCCACGGAGCAAUCCGCUAUCCUCCUCACCUGGCACAGGACCCCCUAAAAGACCUAGUCACACUGGCCUGCGACCCUGCCAAUCAAGCCCCAAGCUCACUGAACGGCAGCAGCCAGAUUAAAGUCCCCGGUCACUACAUCUCCUCUCAGAUGUUAGCACCUCCUGGACCAGCACCCUCCCUGGCUCCUAACCAAUCCUCCCUCCCCAGACUGACCCUGCCUACAGAGUCAAAGGCCACUACCACCUCCUCUGAUGGGGGAGCCAACUCCCCAACAUCACCCACAUACUCGGCCCCCGGGACCCCCCCUGCCAGCCGCUCCUCCUUUGUUGGAGUCACCCCUCGAGACCCAGGUGGACUCUACCAGGCCCAGUCAUGGUAUCUGGGCAACUGAGGGACCUCUGGAGGACGGCUGAUUGUCGUGGUGGUACUGUCCUGGAGGAAAACAAACAAUGUUGUCAAGACAUUGCGAAAGGAUUGAUAUAUUCAGCUUUGUAGAAAGAUAUAACAUGUGGUCGUACAUAUAUGUAAAUAUAAAGUGAAAAAUAUUUACAUAUGUGUACGUACCCAGAAGAGACAGCCUGGAUGAAGGGAGUAUGCUGCUCUCACUCAGCCGUUUUGCAGCCCCAGAAUGUACUAUGCUCUAAGACACUAAAAGGUUCACACAAAUGCCACUGCGGUGAGUUGUGAUUUUCUAGAGAAAGCAGUGGAUUGAUGCAGAUGUCUGGUUGGUUCAUAUGAACUGUCGACCAGAACCAGGUCUCAACGCACCAGAUCCUGAAAAGCCUAUAACCUAACCGUGUCCCCAGGAUGAGGCCCGUUUCCUUGGGAUGGAUGUCAGCCUUUAACCCUUCACCCUGGUUCUCUACACCGAUUCCAGUGUAUGGCCUCUACCCUGGGACAGACAUAGACCUCAUCCCCCCCAACACCCAGAAUGCCCCCUCCGCUGCAGGUGCUGCUUAUAAUAUAUGCAAUUAAGCCUCCCUUAUUUUUUGAAUCAAAUAGCAAGAGAGAUCCUGCUGUCAAUAUGUAAAGUUUCUUUGCACUUUUUGAUAUGUUAUGAUGCGUCUGAAGAAAAUUUUGAGUUGAAUCAGCGCAGUUUUUUUCUCUCUUCCCACCAAAAGACAGAGGCUUUGUCUUUUUUAUUGACAAUCAUCAGGCUGAAACCAUUAAGUUGCUUUGCGAGGCUUAUGCGAGGCUCAUGUUUUUAAGACUGAUUGUGCUUUUCUAUCAGAAAACAAUGAGUAAUAGUGGAAUAUAAGAGCUAUAUCCAUGCCUCCUCGAACAAAUCACACAAUGCUACAGCUGGACACCAAUAUAGAGUCAUCAGUAACACUGGGCCUUUAAAGGACAGAGGCCCAGUGUCUUGAGCAGAGGGCGUCUUUUGACAUGAAUUUCCUGCUUCUUCCUACCCUUCAAAUGCUGAUCCUUUUGACAUGACAGUACUUAUCCAAGCAGCCAAAGGCACAAUGAUUGGAGGACACAUGCACCUGCCAGAAGAAAACUUCUCAGCAGAACUGAGAAAAGACAAAGACAAGACUAAAACCAGGAUCAUGUGGCUGCACAGCCAGCUGUAACCUGGCUGCAGAACUCGAAGUGUUUGAAACUGUAGCACAUGGUGUGUGUUUGUGGGUGGGUGGGUGUGCGUGUGUGUGUGUAUGUAUGUAUGUAUGUAUGUGUGUGUGUGUGUGUGUGUGUGUGUGUGUGUGUGUGUGUGUGUGUGUGUGUGUGUGUGUGUGUGUGUGUGUGUGUGUGUGUGUGUGUGUGUGUGUGUGUCUGUGUGUGUGUCAGUAUUUGAAUAUAGAUCCUGCAGUUCCACACUCAUGCCUGCUCUGUUUUCAGGAGUUGUUGUAAAGAUUUUGUUUGUGUCUCACAGAACACCCUGACAGGUUGUGUGUUGGUAAAGUACAAGGAGAUUUACAAUUACGUAAAAAAUUCCCAUUUUGAGAAAAAGUGUGAUGUGGCCUGUUGUCAAGCUAAGUGUAGACAUGACGAGUCAUGUGUAUACUGGUUUGAACUGAGCACAAACUCUGGCGGUCACUUUAUCCGGCUCUAGAAUGACUGGUGACCAAACCUGUGUCGCUCAGCCCUGACCCGACCUGAACAAUGUGUGGUGGCACAGUAGCCAUAGGGUUCCGGCUGGUCUGGAGUUCAGGCAUGAACAAAAAGACAUGUUAGCCACAGUGCUAGGUUUGGUUUCAGGUCAAACCUUGAUGGUUAACCAAUUGCAACAAGGAACUUAAGAGUGUGUAGGUCUUGAUUUUCUGAGCACAUAAUGCUUUAAAGAGGCAAAGCAAUAUUAUUUUAUAGUUUUUCUCAUCUUCAUUUAGUCGUUAACUCUUUCAUGGCUGAAAAUUUAGCACUUACUAGAACACAAACAUUAUUCUCUGUCUGCAUUGAUGGUGGCAUCUCAAAAACACUUCUUCAUAGAAGUAUUAAAGCGCAAGAUGUCAGUUUAAGGUAAGGGAAUGACGUAAUAUCCCAAAAUAGAUUUUUGGGAUAUUAAAUUGAUGUCACUAUUGAUACUUGCAUGUAAAAUUGAAUGAAGACUCCAAACAAGAACGCAACACCAUGGCCUUUGCUAUUUCUUACAUCAUCUCUUUGUAGAACGAAAACACUGAAUAUAAUUGGAUUUUUUUAUAAUUGAUGCCAUAUUUUGAUUUCUAAGGCUUUGCAACUAUAAAGCAGUUUAUUUAACUUUGUUACUUGGGGAUGUAUUUAGUUUAAGGACUGGUGUUUCUGUGUUGAGGUGUGAUUCGAUUGAAUGCCAAACAAUUUUUUUUAACACAUUAUUUACACUAAUAACUGCUGGUGUGUUUCUGCAGGCUGCGUUCCCCAGUUCAAACAGUAGGAGAAGAUUCAAAACAUAACUGUACCACUUGUGAUCAGCAGUGGUUUGCCUGUUGAAAGGCAUUGCUGUGACCUCAAAGGUGUCUUCCUGGAAGGAUAAAAUAUUCUCCAACCAAAGCUUAAACAUGAAAUUUCUGACCACUGAGUUGGACCUGAUGUGCAUCCAGUGAAGAGGAGGAAGAGAGCAGUGAGUUGUGAGGUCAGCAGAGUCAUUAGAUUUGCUCUCAUCAUUCUGGGCAGAAAGCAGAUACCUGUGUGAUCACAAAAACACUUUUUAAGAUGCAGCCAGCUAAACACAGUAAACUUUUCCUGUGAGUAACAUCCUAUGCUCUGUGCUACCUAAACAUCUAGUGUGCAUACUGUUGAGACCAUCACAGCCUUACACGAGUGCCAGUGUGUGUGAUGGCUCAGACUCGGAACUCAUCAGGAAUUCUCUUUUUUUCUUGAGGAGACACAGUUCUAACUCACACAGAGGUGUCUAUAUAUUUUUCAUAUUUCUUUAUGUGCUAAAAUUAGCUUGGCAUUCAAUCUGAACAUAUGUCUGCGUCUUUUCCUUUUGCCAGGGUUUGGGGUUAAAGUUGACAAUGGUCAGUGCCUACUAGGGGUUAGGAGUUUGUAAGGAAGGUGCUGAUAGGAGCUGUGGCAGGGCAAGGUUUAAGGUAGGGUUAUAGCUGGCUUAGAUGUAUACUGCAUGGUGCUGCCCUGGUCGCUGUGCUGACCUGAAGAAUGCAUGGCUCAAACUAAUGAUACCUCUCCCUCUCAAUCCUGCUCUGUCUCCUCGUCCCCUUCCUGGAAGGGUUAUCUAUUUCUUUGAAUUUUAAUAAUUACCCUGUUGUAAACUUCUAUUUUGCACGAUAUAUCAUGAAACCCAUUAUGUGCCUUGCCUUUAGUUAAAGAACAAUAAUACAUUAUUGAAAAAUUAUCAUACUUUUCAUGGUACAGCUGGUAGCACAUAAAAUAAAAAAAAAAGCUGCAUGUGUGAUUGCUUGACAUUAAUCAAUGUAGCAGGUAGACAGUUGUAGGUUUCACAAUGGCUGAGAAACAGACUUGAGUGUCAGCUCAGUGAAAGCAGAGGCUUGGAUAACACGUAUCCUCUCCUACCAUUCAAGACAGUAACUUUUUAAGGUGUGGCAUUUUGGGAAAUACAUGUCUGAUAAAGUACUCAGAGUGCCAAUGUCUCUUUCUGCUGGAGACACAGUGUGGAUAUAUUUAGCAGAGCUUUGUGAUAAGUUCAGCUAACCGGCCCAACCCUUACCUGGUUACUCAAGGUCCAUUUACCAAAAAUAUUUAUAGCUUUAAACAACCUUCAUGUGGGGAGAUCUAGAGCCCUAUUCUACUUCCAGGAUGCCACUGCAUCAGGAGUUCUGGUCCACACUCCAGAUCCAAACACCUGUUAUCAUUUGAAUAUGUAUUCAACUAAACCAUCUCAACGACAGCUGAGCAAACGAGGAAAACUGUCAAAACUGUCUCCGAAGUAAAGAAUGAACCGGCCACUUUGGGGUAAAGCUCAAUAAGAAUUUAAAUCCCAAAAUGUUACACUGUUCCUUUUAGGGUUCACUUUUUCAGUCACAACUUUUGCCAUAACUAGGUGCUGAUUUCACUUAUAGAGCUGAUCUGGUUCUGUGGCUCUGCUCCUAUAAAUUUGUGCUGUCUUUUUGAUAGGUCUUUGUGGACUGAGCUAAAUUGACACUGACUUCACCCACAUUAGUGUUAAGAAUUAACUUUAUGUGUGUUGUCCCAAAGUGUUGGCUGUAGUAAGGCCUCCUUGGAUCUGAAAAUGGCACUUUACAGAAGCAACAAACAUUGGUUUUGAAAGUAAAGUGUGGUUGUAUGACCUGCUUAAAUGUUCACAAUACAAGCAAAAGCCAAUUUCCCGAGACUUUGCUCAGUUCUGUCUACGUUUUGUUUUAACAAUAAGUCUCAAAUACAUAAAAACACAUUUCAUAGUAUUUAUUGCAGGGGAAAGUAUAUUGUGAAUAUUUUGUCCGGAAUUUAACCAAUGUGGCCAAGCCACUAAAUCUAGUCUAAUGGAAACAUGUGAAACAUGUUAAGGUUCAGACUUCAAGGCUCUGCAGCUCUAUGAUUGACCAUUAGAACACCGUCCAUUUGCCUGUAUGAUGACUCCUACCAUGUGACUAAUCACAUGACAAGAUACUACAAGAGGAAAUGAAUGAUUUUGAGUUUUAUAUGGAUGCAUGCACUUAACACUAUUCUUACUCUACAUGGCUUUUAUGUUAUUUUUAAGUAUUUCUUCAGUUGUUAUCUUCAUGUUGCUUGUAGCUUUAUAGUUUAAACACAGCAGUGUGUAUAAAACAUAUGUACAACAUAGACACAUAAAAAAGAUGUAUAGAAUGUUUGUUUGUCAUCUUUUUGCUUUUUGUUUCAGCUGUCUUAAGAUAAUGGCCAAGCCAGUAAAUAUGGGACCCAUGAAAUGGGUGGGGCUGAUAGUAACGUUGAUGGAGGAUGAAUGAUGCUAGGUGAAAAUUGGAAGUGAGGGUGAAGUAGAAUGAAGUAGAGUGCACUGAAAGAGUGUGUAACUCUGCCAAGGCUGCACAGUCCUCUAACUUUGUAGCUUUCAUAACAGACAGUGUUUAGAGACACAUCUGUGACUGGAUCAGAGCCCAGUCUAUACUCAUCUCAUAAGGAUUGGCAACAUUUGUGGAUGUAAAUCCUGACCUGCAAUGUUGGAGCUUCAUUUGGAAAUGAACUAAUUUUGCACACCAAUUUAUGACCAAUUGAGUGUUUUAUAUUCGGAAACUCUGCAGAAUCUGUCGUUCAUGUGUAGAGUUGAACCCUAAUUGUUGGAAACAGUACAGCAUAUCAAAGAGCUAAUAAAUUACCCAAAACAAAUAUGAUAUAUAUAUAUUUAUAUAUUAUAUUUGUAUUUAUAUCUUUAAUAUUUGUUGAGAAUGGAAUGAAAUGUGGAAUUGCUAAGAAGGUGUUUAAAAAAUAUUUUAAAUAUGGCUGGUUCAGAGCUAAAGAUGAGAGGCUUUCACCAUUCCAAGAUAUAGACACAAUCCAAAAUUUGAAAAAAAUUGGACCUGAACAACCCAAACAGAAGAGAACAGUAUCCUAUGGUCUAGGGUCAGGUCAUGGAUAUUCUGUCAGCAAUAAUGACUCAAAGUGAAAGGUUCUUUAAAAAUGCCCACAUGAUGGAAAUAUUUCUCCAGAUUUGUAUCGGAAAUUAACUCAAUUUUGUAUCUUUUCAGUAAAUGUUGUUGACCUCUGCUGAGUAGUGCAGGGUUAAAAACAGAAGCUGCUAAGCAGAGCUUAAUGAAGAACUACAGAAGCUGGGUCUGGUUCACUGAGCUGCGAUGCUGCUGUGGUCAGGCGCUGGUUGCCUAUUGACAAAUGCAUUACAAGAAAUGAAAGGGAGAAUUUCUGGGCUCACAUACAGAAAAAGAUGUUGUUUUUGUAAAAAAAAAAAAGUUAGGUCUCUUGUUUGGUCGCUCCAGGUAAGAUUUAAGGGGGUUGACACAAUAACACCAAAACUGGUUCAAUAUUUGACUCUACAAUUCAAUACAAAAUCAAAUCUAUUUCUGAAAAAGUCCAUACCUUUUGAGUAAAUCACCCCAUUAAGCUGCAUCAUCAACCACUGAAUCUUUCCCCAGGAGCUAGGAACCUGUGUGUUGAUUAAUUUGUAUUAAGUAUUUACCCUUCCUAUGUCCCUGUUCGGUGUAAAUUGCAGCACUGAACAUUUCUGAUAGUUGAUGCAGUGUGGCACAAAUCCUGCAUGUUUGUCAAUUUAUAUAGAUUCAUUAUUGUUGUAUAGUCUUCUGCAAUACCGCCACCUACUGGACUAUUUUUUGUAGCCAUCUAUUCUUCAUACGUCAGCAGGAUAAUUCGCCCAAUCAUUUGAGCCAUUAAGGUGUAAACAAUGGCAACAAGCAGUUCAAAGGAACCUUUUAUUUCCUUGGUGAUGUGGUGGAUUACAGAGUUGAUUAGUGGCUUUGUGCUUGUGUCUCCUCCAGAUGAUGACCAAGAUUACUAUGCAUAUUGUACUAUGGGAUUCUUAUUACAGUUUGCUAUUUUCUACCAGAGGCUAAACCAGUAGCCAAAAAUAAAAAAACUGAUUUAGAAACUGUCACCUGAAAAGAGAAUGUAUGCAGUUAUUGACAAUUGGAAGCAGUGAGUUCAGUCAUAUUUCUGAUGGAUGGCUCCUGAUUAUCUGUGUUGAAGCAGCCCCCUUAAUUAUCUGUUUCUGUCCAUGUUUUCUCGAUAGAUGACUAGUAAUGUGAUUGUUUAUAGAAAUCCAAACAGCCUCCUGAUAUAACAAAAGCCAGCCAAGUGGAAGACUUAUCCACUGGCAUCAUUGUAUAUGGGGAGUCCAGACUCAGCUGAAAGUGUUUUAAGAAAGGGCUGUGUGUUACUCUGCACCAAAUGGAUUCAAAAAAGACUUUUAACCAUUAUAAGUACAAUAACACCACUAAGCACGCACUUGUGUGUCCAGGCCUUUGUAGUAAGGGGUAAAGAGCACGUGGCUCUCAGUAACCAUAGCACUUUCUCUGCUCUGUUCAAGUAAGAAAGCAGGUCAACAUAAUACAAACAGAAAAACAACCAAAAUGAUCGAAACAAGCAGUGCCUGUCAUUUUAGUGCUGGUUUCAUUUGACUAAUUUUGUAUGCUGGGCUUUGCAGCACUUUUUCUAUUCAAAUGGUUGUGUGACACACUUCAGCUUAGUGGUUGGUGCUUAGUAUUAAGAACAUCCCCAGUCCAGGCCAGCAUAUGGUCGAUGGGCUGGGCUGGACCUGAGGUGACAAGAAACUGAGGAGUUGACGAAAAUCAUGGAUCUUCAUUGUUGUAGAUUGAAAAUUCCAAAUGCAGCAAAAAAACACUGAUCUUGCUUUAUAAAAAAGUUUAAAAAAAUUGUGAAUAGUUACCAAAGACAGAAUAAUGAACAAAUUAAUGCUAAUUGAUGAAUAUUUAACAAGGGUUUUGUGAACAGCCUUGAGGUGUCAGCAGUAGUGAUCCUAGGUCUUAAUAAUGUGUUUUGUAUCUGCCUAACUCAGUGCACUGACAUCCGAACAGGUCACAGUUGGCACAGGUUUGAGUAAUAAAAAGAAUGAUGGCUGGAUUCCAUUUGUCUGCUUCAGACUGGCUCCCUCUCAUAACUUGGUGCCAUUAGGAGCCAUUAGUUAUUGGUUUGGCAGAGAGCACACUUUUUUUUCUUGUAUUCAUUCAAGGAAUGUUGCUGUGUCCUCAUUGUGACACAAGUCUGCUUUGUUCUUCAAUCCUUGUGGCAGAAGCUUGAGGGAUAUUGUAGUCAUGUGGUCUCUGUACCGUCAUUAUUUCACUGAAUCUAUUUCCAUUUCACUUAGGCGUCUUUACCUUUUACCAAUACACCAACUUAUCCACUUACCUUAAAUAUUUUAAACUAUUUUGAAUUUCAACUUAUAUAACCACAUAUGUUUUUUUUUUCUUCUCCUGGAUGCAAAACUCCCUUAAUGUCAAUGUAACUAGCACACUUGUAGUUUUUUCUCAUCAUAACAAAGUCAUGAUAUUUACUGUGACAAGACCUGUUGCUCAUGAAGGCUAAUUCAGGUGCUAGAUUGGAAAUGGCAUAUUAUUCAUUGAAAUAGUACUAUAACCACAGUAAUGGUAGUAAUGUAUUAUGAUUCAAUGUUACUGACAUUUUACUUGGAAUAUAUCAUUACUCCAUCAACAUUAUUAUCAUUCAACAUUACUUGUAGGUUUUUCAUGAACAACUUUCAUUGAACAAGUAGGCGGGGACUGGAUCUUAAGUCAUCUUCCAAAUUCCAGGCUCCACAGUAAAUAUACUGAGUCUCAAUCUUUUUACAGUUCCCACUAUUUUAUUGUAGUAAUUUUUACAUCUCCACAGUGUCCACAUGUGACGUAUUGCGUAAAUAUUUCCAGUGAACAGUUGAAGCUUUAGAGCAGAAAGAUGACUGAGAUUAUCUGAGCUUGUAUUUCAAAUGGUGCAUUGAAGAAAACCGUAUCAGUCAGUUGUGUUUUAUUCCUGCACAAUGACCUUAAUUUAUACAAUUUCCAUCCAUCGUAUCAUUAACAAAUAGACAAUAAUAUGCAUUCACAAUUUCAAACUUCACAAUUUUUUAUUUAUUUGGGAGCCAUUAGUGGUCAAUCUAUUAAUUAUGACUUUCCAAAUGCCAUACAAGUUGGGAACAACUAUUAGAUGUUCUGUGUUACUACCACAUUUAUUUUUGCCUAAAUCCUGACUCAGUGGGCCCUGAGCAUUUAUCAGGAGUCUCCGGCAUGAACAAAGAAACCACUGGAUCCUCUUAAUGGCUGUGAGGGGGAAGUAAUGCUUGAAGAUGCAAAGUGUGUAUGAUUGAAGUUUUGUCUUGGUGGCAGGUUGAAAAAUCUAAAUUCAUUGUAAGUCAGUCAAGAUGAAAGUAUGUUGUCACAGAUCUUUUCAUUUUGUUGACUACAUGCUGACUACGACGUUGUAAUUAUUAUUAUGCAGAUUUUGGUCUCACAGUAAGUUCCCUUGAGAUGUUUCUUGCUCUGUAGUACAAACCAAGUGCUGUUCUGACAACUGGUAGCAGGGGAUUAUCAAAGUUAAUGGGAAUGUCAGGCUCAAGUUAGAAAUGUUAGCAGCUGCGUUGGAUCAGGUCUAGCUGAAGACGGUGUGAGGUCUGCUGGAUAACUUCAGAAUUUCGUUUUGGGGAGAUUUUAGGGAGAUGUUUUCAUAGAGGGCGGUUUUCUAUGAACUAUUAAUAUGACUACACUCUUUGCUAUUGCAGCUGUUGCCUGAAAAUCUUCUAUCUCCAGUUUAUGUUUCUUUUUGCUGUUUCUUACAUGAAUUGCAGAUACAUUUUUAAUUGCUAUUGAAACCCUUUCUGUAAUUCAGACUCACAGCAGCUGAAAAACGUUUCUUAGUUAUUGUCAAAUCUGAUUUUGUACAGAUACAAGUUUUCCUGUGUCAACGAUGCCGUAUGGAUUCUGGUCUGUAUCUGUGGGUAUGUUGCUUCUGCACACUGUUUACUCUGCGUGCUGAGGACAGUUUGUAAUGAGCGAAAGAGGAACAUUUUGAUGCAGUCUCAUAUUAUACUUUUUUCUUUUCAGAUAUUAUAGUCAAGGUCUGCUUUGCUUGCUUCCAGAUAUAUAUCCCUUACAUCAGAGAGAGCAUAGGCAUGAACAGCUUUCAUCAGUUAUUGCAUGACUGCAAUCCACAACGACCACAGUCCUUUUCACAUGAUAGUGUACAUCAGGCCAUUAUAUAAUCAGUUUAGAAUCUUCACACAUAAUGACGUCAUUCAAUACCUGAACACAGCACUACAUGUUGGAGCUGAAGCAGAAUGGUGUCCCCUCUCAUGACUCUAUCAUGUUUCGUAUAGAGACACCUCAUAGUGCAUUAUCAUAUUUGGAUGAAUGGACGAAUGGAUGGAUGGAUGGAUGGAUGGAUGGAUGGAGUCAUGCAACAAUGCACAUGUGUCCAACACAAGAAUAUAAUGGUAAUCAAUGAGAUGGAGGACCCAUUGUGACUGAUCUUCCAAACUGUGAGAGUGGUGGCAUUAUACGUGGCCUGAGGUACUCACUGUGGAAAGGGCUGCUGAUCUGACUGAUGUAGUUUGUAGCAGCUUUAACAAGAGCUUUAGGUACUUCUUUUCCUUCGGAUGUUUUUCAGCUGAAGCAGAUAUCAAUAGUCCACAUUUAUUUGCAUGAUGUAAACUGUUCCUAAAAUAAAUCAUUCAGACAGGUACAAGAUAUGAUGUCAACACUGUGGCACAUUUAUAACUGAAGUCACAGUUUGACAGUUGUCUGCUCAAGGUUGGACUUUAAUUGAGUGACAGCUGCCUGACCAGUGUUCCUGAUCUAAUGUUGUUCAUCUGCUGUGGGGGAUAUUAACAUCUUUGAUAAUAUGUCAUUAUAACCAUAUUUAGCCCAUGCUUUCAGCAGACGCUGAUGAAGUCAUUACUGGAAAUGAGUAUGUUUCCCUAUGCAAAAAUAUACCAUUAAUAAAACAAACUAUAUCAGAACCAAA